GCCACAGUCCACACCUACACGGCUAUAAAUAGGGAGCCUCCCGUGGCUGCUGCCUCAGCCUCCCUGCUCCAGCUGUGACAUCACCAGAGCCACCAGAACCACUCACUUUGCACUUGGACCAUGGACCCCGGAGAAUGCACCUGCAUGUCUGGAGGAAUCUGCAUCUGUGGGGACAACUGCAAAUGCACAACUUGCUCCUGUAAAACAUGUCGGAAAAGUUGCUGUCCCUGCUGCCCCCCGGGCUGUGCCAAGUGUGCCCGGGGCUGCAUCUGCAAAGGGGGCUCAGACAAGUGCAGCUGCUGCGCCUGAGCCCCAUUCCCAGGCUGGGAGAGAGGCCUGGGAAGCAUCUGUACAGUGCAGGAGUUGAGAAGUUGGAAUGAUUGUACCAUAGGUUGUGCUUUUUAUAUGUUUGCCCCCAAGUGGUGUUGGUGACAUCCAUUGCUUACAGCAAUAAAGUUUUCACUGGUGAUUGA